AAUGUUAAUGAAACUAUUUAAUCGGCCUAAUUGUUUGCUUAACCGCAGGAAUCGGUACCAACUUUUAACUACCCUUUUGAUCAAUGUGAUAUCAAUUUCGCAUGGAAUUGGAAUCGGAUGGCUGUCACCCACCUUGCGGAAGCUGCAGCUAGACUCUUCCGUGGGAUUCCAGAUAACCUCGGAAUUUGAGAUCUCCUGGGUGGGCUCUAUGCUGGGAAUGGGGUCGGUGACUGGCAACAUCCUGGUGGGGGCUCUGCUGAGCCGUCUUGGCAGCAAAAGGUGUUUGCUAUUCAUUGCCAUCCCGCACUCGUGCCUAUGGAUCCUGGUCUACUUCGCCCAGAGCGUGGAAUACCUGUACGCGGGAAGGCUCUUGGCCGGAAUCUGUGGCGGCGGCAUGUACAUUGUUCAUCCGAUUUUCCUCAGUGAAAUCGCAGAUGCCAACAUCCGUGGCACCUUCUCGGCCAUGGUCAUGUUAUCGGUCAAUGUCGGCAUUCUAUUGGGCUACAUAAUGGGCACCCACCUGUCGUACUUCACCAUCCCCUGGAUAGUGCUGGUCCUGCCCGUCGCCUACUUUGUUUCGGUGUUGCUUUUUAUCAAGGAGUCACCCAUGCAUCUGAUACGAACCGGAAAAUACACAGAGGCCGAGAGGUCCUUCCGCUACUACAAGAACAUCAAGGACACUGACAACAUCAACGACCAACAUCGGGCCAUGGAGGAAUUCGAUAACAUGAAGGUUGUGCUGACCAAAGGCGACCAGCUGAAGGACUCUAUUACAAUAAAGGACUUUUGCACCCGACCGGCUUUGAAAGCCUAUGGCCCCGCACUGGUACUACUCAUCGCCAAUCAGUUCAGUGGGCUGUUCUCCAUGGUCAACUACAUGUCGGACAUUUUCGCCCAGUCGCACAGUACGAUGGACCCCAACACCUGCACCAUCAUCAUUGGUGCAGUUCAGAUUCUGGGCACCUACGUCACCACCCUGCUCUGCGACAUCUGCGGCCGGAAGCUCCUCAUGCUGGUGUCCACGGCGGGGGUGGCCGUUAGCCUGACCGGCUUUGGAUUCUUCACCCAGUAUGCCAAGGAUCACGACGUUACCGAGUACAGUUGGGUGCCCCUGCUCUUGAUGUCGAUGGAUAUCUUCCUGGGAAAUAUCGGACUAGUCGGCUGCUUCUUCGUCAGCCUGGUCGAAAUAUUCCCCGUUAAGAUUCGCGCCAAGGCCGCUUCCAUGGCCAUUGUGAUCUGCAGCUGCUUCGUCUUCGUAAUGCUGAACAUCCUUCCCAUUUGCAUGAAGCAGUGGGGCAUCUCGGCCACAAUGUGGUCCUGUGCCGGCGUAAGCGCGUUCAGCUUUGCCUACUUUUCAGUUUUCCUCAAGGAGACCAAGGGGAAAUCCAUGUUAGACGAUUAGAGCUGAAAACUCAAGU